AUGUCCGCCACCGCCACCACACCGCCCAGGCUUUGCCUGGCGAUGCUCCCGGCAUCGGCGGUGGAGAGGAGAUCGCGGGAGGGGGCGGAGGCUAGUGGGCGCCCCGGCGGCGACGCGGCGUCGCGGGGGCAGGUUAGGGUUGGACCGUCAUUUGUCCACCGGACAACGAUACUGAGGUCUGCUUGCCAGGGUGUGAAAAACGAUCCAACUAUUCCAGAUUCUGAUAAUCAAUGUGCCCCUGAAGGAGCUGAACUGCUGAAGUAUGAUGGCUGUGUGGUAGAAGAUAGGGACACUUGCGAGGAAUCUGUGCUGGAUUAUUUUCAUAAUAACCAGGAAAUUUCCAGCCAAACAGAAGCUAUGGUGCAUGAUUUUAUGGAUUCCAAGUGUUGCUCAUUCUCUGACAAUCCUGAUGUGAUGGCCUGCAAACAAAAUAGUUUAGAGACAAGCACAAAUGAAGUUGUGGAUGUCUCCGAAGAUAUGCAUUCUGUUAUGAUGUCUGCUGCCACCAGCAAAGAUGAUAUUGCAAAUGAUCCAGCAAGCACUAAAGGCGAAGCUGAAAAUGGCAAGUGUGAUCUUCCUGAUGUUGGCAUUGCAAUUGGUGAUAUAAAUGGAAAUGCGUCUGGGUGUUCUUUAGAAAUAAGCGUUGUUAAAGUUGAGGAGGCUAUAGGUGACAUUUCUGACGACACAGGUUCAGUCGUCAUAGGUUUGGUAAACAAAGAUGUACCUGAGCACUCUUUCGCAACGAAUGCUGUCGAAUCUGAGGACAUGGAACCUGAAGAUACUCAUGGGGAUGUCAAUGUGGAAGGUGAUAUCCAAGUUAACACGACCGAAACUUGCACAGCUGUGGAUGAGAUCAAUGGAAACACCGACAAAUGCAUGACCAGUGACGAGAAAGUUACCUGUGAGUCGAAAGAGGGAAAGACUAACAACAUCAUGGCAGGUGACAGUGACAGUGGGAGGGACGUAGCUCAUCCAGACAGUGUGAGUGCGCAUGGGGCAGUUCCUUGUGAAGAUGUGACGACUCGAGCUGAUGCUGAGAUGGCAUCCUUAGAGAGCACCUCCUGUGCAGAGAACGAAACAGUUAGGGAGGAGAAAGAUGGUGAGGCUAAAAGACCACUUCCUGACAGCACCUCGGAAGUUGAGAACAUUCAGGUUUCUGAAGACAAGUGCUCAGAGGAAGAUGCCCCGUGUACCGAAGAAAAACAAGAGAGGCACCGCAAGCGUCGCAAGGUUGUGACAUCGGUACCAGCAGAGAAGCGACUAACGAGGAGCUCCUCAAGGACGCCGUCUUUAGAUUAGAAAAUCCGGCUGGCCCUAGCUUGUGUUAUGUUUGACGAU